AUGCAGACCCUGGAGGAAGCUGAACUCUGCUUUCCACAACUCCUCAACACCUCCUGCAAGAAGCACAUUCGCCCUCAGGCUGAGGCAAUGGUCAUUUACAUCGUGAUGUCCUCCAUCUCUCUGCUCACUGCGGCUCUCAACCUGCUGGUCAUCAUCUCCAUCUCCCACUUCAGGCAGCUCCACACCCCCACCAACCUCCUCCUCCUCUCUCUGGCUGUCUCAGACUUCCUCGUGGGCCUCUUUGUGAUGCCGUUUCAAAUCCUCUUCACAGAGCCCUGCUGGCUCCUGGGUGACCUGGUGUGUGUUCUGCAUUAUUUGAUAAAUUUCAUUACUCUCUGUUCCUCACUGGUAAACAUGGUGCUCAUAUCAGUCGACCGCUAUGUGGCUAUCUGUGACCCUCUGCACUACCCCACCAAAAUCACUGCAAAGAGAGUUCAAAUCUUGGUUUUCCUGUGUUGGGGUUACUCUGUUUUCAACAGUGUUAUGUUUUUAUAUGAUAACCUGAAACAACCAGGCAAGUAUAAUUCCUGCUAUGGAGAAUGUGUGAUUAACAUAGUAGGUGCUGCUGGCGUUAUUUUAAACUUCAUCAUUCCCAUCAGUGCCAUCAUCAUCCUGUAUGUGAGAGUGUUUGCAGUGGCUGUGUCUCAGGCUCGUGCCAUGCGCUCCCACAUCACAGCAGUCACACUGAAGAGUUCAGCGACUGCUACGACCUCGUGA